UCUUGCAGGGUAUUGCUAUUGAAAGUGAAAUUCUUUCUCUCUCCCCCUGUCUUUCUCUUUGUCACACAAAAGACUACAGCAGUUCAAGAUCACUGUGCAGGUGACUGGAGGCAGGGUUUGAUUACAUGUCUUGUGAAGAAACACCUUAACAACCCUCAGGCAUUUACCGACAUAUAUGUAAGAGACAAAGCUUCCCCGCUCUUACCUGCAGAUCCACCCACCAUCUCUCUUGAGUUGAGAGCCCAAACACUGCAACAAUGCCUCCUCCCGGUGUGUGUUUGAACAUCAUGGAGGCUCGCCACAGGCAAGAUGGUUAUGGGAGCCCCACCAACCCAGAGAAUUUCCUCAACCAAGACUACAAUCAGUUGAAAGAGUACUGCAUCAUCAAAGGAGUAAGGUACAUCGACGAGAUGUUUCCCCCUGACAGGACCUCCAUCGGCGAAGGGAUACUGAGCCCUUCUGACCUGGCUCGUGUGGUGUGGCUGAGACCAGCGAAAAUUUCUCCUAAUCCAUCCUUCGUACUUGAUGGGGUCUCCAGGUUUGACUUUGGUCAAGGACUACUUGGAAACUGCUGGUUUCUUGCGUCUAUCGGUGCUUUGACGUUCCAGCCUGAUAUCCUUGGGCAAGUUGUCCCUCUUGAACAAACAUUUGAUGAGAACUACUGCGGGCUGUUCCAUUUCAAGUUCUGGAGAUUUGGAAGGUGGGUGGAUGUCAUCAUUGAUGACAAGCUACCGACAAUCAAUGGGAGACUGAUCUUCGUUCACUCCAUUGACCAAAAUGAGUUCUGGCCUGCUUUGAUGGAGAAAGCAUAUGCCAAGGUGUGUGGUUCCUAUACCGACAUGAAUGCUGGAACUCCUUCUGAGGCUAUGAUGGACUUCACUGGAGGUGUUCACAUAUGUAUCGAGCUGUCAAACCCUCCUCUAAACCUGUGGGAGAUGAUGUGCAGAGCUGGCCAGUCCAAGUCUCUGAUAGGUUGUGGUACACCUCAAGGAGAGACAUCUGCCAACACUGUAUUGCCGAACGGAUUGGUCCAAGGCCAUGCCUACACUGUGACGGGUGUGAAACAGAUGAUGAGCCAAGGGAAAGUGGUAAACCUGGUGCGUUUGUGGAACCCCUGGGGAAAAGGAGAGUGGAAUGGAGACUGGAGUGAUCGGUCAUCUCUGUGGCAAACUGUGAGUGCUCAGGAUCGUAAAAUAUGCCUUUCAGUGGAUGAUGAUGGAGAGUUUUGGAUGACCCUGGAAGACUUCUGUAGGUUCUACUCGGAUCUCGACAUCUGCUGCCUGUGCCCCGACUUCCUUGAUGGAAACUCCUCUUGUCAGUGGAAGACCUCCCUGUAUGAGGGCAGAUGGGUUGCAGGAACCACUGCUGGAGGAUGCAUGAAUAACAGAGACAGUUUUUGGACUAAUCCACAGUAUCGGGUCAAGAUUGAUGGUGAAUAUUCUGAGAAAACUGGUUCGAAAAAUGUGUUGCUGUCUCUUAUGCAAAAGCCUGACAAAAGGAACCGACGCCUGGUCCAAAAUCUCCACAUUGGAUUCUCUGUGUUUGAGGUGACUGAAAAAUACAAGGAGCAGAAGGGAAAGUUCCCAGCCUCUUUCUUCAGCAGCCAAGCACCUGCCGCCCAAACUAAAACCUACAUGAAUGCACGUGAGGUGAUGGAGUUUGUUUUGCUAAAGCCUGGUGAAUACCUGAUUGUGCCAUCCAGCUUCAACCCCAAUGAGACAGCCUCCUUCAUCCUGACCAUCCACUCCAAAGCAGAGACCCAUGGCUAUGAAAACUCUGGUGACCAACAACACAAGCGAGUUCAAAAGCCCAAAAUGGUCCCAAAUGUACAAGAAGAUGAAAAUAAGAAAUCCCUUUUCCGUCAGUACUCCGACAAGUACGAAGAAGUGGAUGCCAUGCAGCUCCAGAGGCUUCUAAAUGACAGAAUCCUGAAAGGAGACUUGAAAUCUGGAGGCUUCACCAUUGAUGCAUGUCGCAGCAUGGUUGCUCUGAUGGACACAUCAAUCACCGGCAAACUGAACGACAAGGAGUUUGUUCGUUUGUGGAAAAAGGUCAUCACAUACAAGGACAUCUUCUUCCUCACUGAUGUUUCACGAACAGGAACACUGUCGCUGAGUGAGCUGAGGAAUGCAUUCGUAGCUUCAGGAAUGAUGGUCAGCGAUGACAUGCUCAAUUUGAUGGCCCUGCGCUACAGUGACUCCUCUGGACACAUGUCGCUGGAGAGCUUCAUCAGUCUCAUCCUUCGCCUGGACUGCAUGUACAAAAUCUUCAGACAACUCUCAUCUGAUGGAAAAAGCAUGAAUCUUCGCGAGGCAGAGUGGAUUUACAUUUCAAUGUACACUUAAACCAACAAGGAAGAUGGACUGCACAAUUCAUCUGGACAUACAGGAAUAGAUUUUCAAACCAAUUUUUUCUUUUUAUUUGCCAAACUGCAUGAUAAAAAAAAAGCUGUAUUAGUCUGCAAAUGAGCCAUUAUGCAGUAUGAUCUGUAACUAAAGGGCAUUUUUCUUUUAUACUUUUUAAGUGCUACAUGACAUGGUAUGAUCUUUAUUAUUUUGUGAAUGCACUGCAAAAGACAAUAAUGUGAAGUUACUGUACUUUUGGUAUUAGUAGAAUUAUAAUGUAGGCUAAUGUAGGUGUAGAAUCAUUCAAUCUCUGCUUUACAAAAUUAAGACAUUAUCCAAACACAUAUUUCAGAAUGAUAUGGGCUUAUUUUUACAAAAAAACAUGCAGAUUAUUUUCUACACUUCAAGAAAUAAAGAAAUAAUAAAUAAAUAAAUUUCUGUCAGAA